CUUGAAGAUGAUGAAACAAAGGAAGCAGAAAAAUAUAAAGAUGAAUAGGUAAUCAACGAACACGAAGAAGUUCGUGGAUCCACGGUUUCUGUUUUUCAUCUUCAUCUUCUUCUUCUCCUCCUCUAUCUCCUCCUCUUCAAUGGGCUCAUUUUGAGACCAUAUAAUAAGGCCCAAGAAAGAGAAAAGCCCAAACAACGUAUGCGAUGUUGACUAGUCAACUAAAAACUGGCAAUGAAACGAUCUCUUUUACUUCUCCUCCCUCUUCUUCCUCUGUUUCACCUGUCUCUUUCCAGUUACAAAUGAGCAGCCACGACCAUCGAAGGUUUGGAACGGCGGGUCCUUUAGCAGCCGGGGAAGAAGGAGAAGGACGUUUUGAGAGCUCGGUGAAUGCAGUGCCGUUUGGUUUGGUUGCGACCGGAGUUUUAAUCGCUAUCUUCCUCUUAAUUGCUAUUUUUGAGAGGUUCAUCUUCAUUAGUCCAACUCAAUCACCACCUCUCGACCAAAAGUUUCCUCCUUUUGCUUCCCCCAAGAUGGAUGUGUGUAAGAGAGAGAUAUCGGUGUUGAUGCCUGGAGAAGAUGUCCCAACUUUCAUUGCUCAGCCAUGUCCUUCUUCAUCAUCAUCAAGCUCUUUCUGAAACCUUCUUGAAUUUCAUUUUUACCAUUUAAUAUCACUCUUAUUAGGACUUUAUAUCUCCUAUAUUGUCAACCAAAAAAACAAAAAGACAAAGUGUUUAUGUAGUCAAGUGUUGUUAAACAGAACAGUGUUCUCUGUUUGUGUCUGCUUAUCCCAUAGCAAAAGAGCAGCAAUCUCCAUAAAAUAAAAAGCCAUGGAAUUUGUGAA